UUUAUUUUUUUGAAAUUAUUCUAGAAAAGUAAGAUAAUUUUGAGGUUUUUUUUUGGGAUUAUUAUGGGUACUCAAACACAAAAACAUAUGAUGGAUGAUGGGUUAAUGUUGUCAAGACAAGGGUCUACUACUUUAUAUAAUUUAACAUUAGAUGAAGUGCAACAGCAGCUAGGUGAUUUAGGAAAGCCUUUUAGUAGUAUGAAUCUUGAUGAGCUUCUUAAAACUGUUAAUCAUCCGAAUGACUAUACGGAUCUUGAUUCGGGGAUCACGAAAAAGACGGUUGACGAGGUGUGGAGAAGUAUUCAAAUGGGUCAGAAAGAUAUUAAGAAUGGUGGUGAUGGUGGUGGUAGUGUUAGUGAUGGGACUGGGAGUGGUUUUAAGAAUGGUGGUGAUGGGAACAGACAAGGGACUCUUGGUGAGAUGACGCUCGAGGACUUUUUGGUGAAGGCGGGAGUGGUUGCGGAUUCGAGUGGCGAGAAGAAGGAAAGUGAGGAAAUGAGUGUUGUUGACAUGCAAGGAGGAGAGUGGAUGAACAUGAAUUACCCUCAAAUGCCGAUGAUUGAGCAGCAACAAAGUUUAGUUAUGGGAGGGCAUUAUCCAGUUCAGCAGCAAAGUGCGGGUUUGGGUGCUGGUAGCGGUGUGAUGGAUGUGGGAUAUAUGUCACGGACUCCUCUGAUGGGAAGUUUAUCGGAUGCACAUAUGACUGGAAGGAAACGAUCGGCUUCUGGAGGUGUGAUUGAGAAGAGCGUGGAAAGGAGGCAAAAGAGGAUGAUUAAGAAUAGGGAGUCUGCUGCACGGUCACGAGCAAGAAAACAGGCUUACACCCAAGAGUUGGAGAAUAAAAUUUCACGUUUGGAAGAGGAAAACGAAAAGCUCAGGAGGGAGAAGGAGGUGGAGAAGGUUUUACCAUGUGUACCGCCCCCCAAACCAAAGAUUCAACUCAGAAGAACAACCUCAGCUUCUUUCUGAAAGUUAGUAUCAUGUUAAAGAUUGUGUAGAAGCUUUCUUGCCUUAGGUGUAGGUGUCGUUUCUUUUGCAGUCAGGAAUCACUAUGGAUAUGGGAUUGAUGGCAUGGUGGAAUGGGGGUGGGCACAAUUACCUUCCGUUGUUUCUUGCAGUCAUUUUUCCUUGUCAAGGAAAGCUUUGAAGAACAUGUAAUUCUAGUAAUGAAAGGGAAAGGGUUGUACAGACCUUCCUUUUCAAAUAGGCCAGCCUUGGUGUGCCUUUUUGGGUUUUGUUUUUUAUCUUGUUUAAAUGACAUUGCUAUGGAUGCUUUGUGUUUUCCUGCUUUUGUUUUUAAGUUCUUGAUACCAAGGUAUAACAGAUGGAUUUGUAAUAAGUAGAUGUUGUAUUGUCUCGUUUAUGAUCAUAUGUACAUCUGAUAGUGUUCUAAUAGUAUAGUGUUGGAUGUCUUAA